CAACUUCCUGAUUCGCAGGAAUGUUAGCAACCAACCAUGGGAACCAGUGGGACUUAUUGCCUUGGAAAAAUGUUUUAAAAAGGAAAAGUCCAGAGGAAACUAGGUGGCUCAGUUGGUUAAGCAUCUGACUUCAGCUCAGAUCAUGAUCUCAUAGUUUGUGGUUCAUGAGAUCAUGAACCACAUGAACCACAUGAACUACAUGUGGUAAGCUGUGCUGACAGCUCAGAGUCUGAAGCCUGCUUCAGAUUCUGUGUCUCUCUGCUUCUCUGCCCCUCACCUGCUCAUUUUAUCUCUCUCUCUCUCUCAUAAAUAAAAGUUAACAUUAAAAAAUUUAAAUAAAUAAAAUAUAAAAGAAAAGGUCCAUAGUGAGGGCAGAACCCUUCUAGACACAGAAGAAUAAACACAAUGACCUCCAGGACAAAGGGGAGUUGUUGGGCUGGCUGGGAAAGGAAGACAGCCUGCGAUUCUGUGGGUGGAUUGUUGGAUUUGACAGGAGUUCUUCUUGAGUACUUGGAAUGGAACUUUGGUUUUGGAGUUUGAAAGGAGCUCAGAGACUGAAAUACAUGGAAGAUGAGGGAUGGAAGGGAAGAGACGAGGGUAUUAUGGAAUUCAUGCAAACUGGCUUCUCACUCCCUGGCAACUCUGCCUUUUCUUCAGCACUUCAUUUGCACCAAGGACCUCCUUUGGGAGAGACUGUUUCUUAAUUAAACUGAGAUUCACAGACCCAGGGCCCUCAUUAGGAAAUGACCUCAGGAAAGUGCUUGAAAUAGAUGAUGGUGCAUGUUCUAGUCUCCUGUUUAGACCUGUGUUUGGCCCUUUCUCUCUUUCCAAAUAAACAAACAAACAAAAAAACCCAAAACAACAAACCUUUUCUUUAGAAAGCUCAAGAUAUAUUAGUCAAUAAAUACAUGUAUAUAUUCAUUUUCUCCAUCCUAUAUUCCUCUUAUGGUUGCUCAGUACAAUUAUGAGUGGAUUCUUGUUCUGGGUAGUGAGGUUUGGAGGUGGGAGAGUGGGAUUCAGAAAAAGGAGGUAUAUUGAUCCUGGCCCUGCCCUCAGAAGUUUAAAGGAAUUUAAGUGACAUACCCAGGACACCAACAGACUGAAAGGGAAAAUUAGUUUCAGCUGAGCAUCAGAAUGGUCUGUAAGUGCUGGCAGGAAGGGGAGGAACUUUGGAGAUGGGGACCAGUCAGGAUGGCUUAGGAAAGGCUUCUGAGACGUGGGUGGAAAAGUUGUAGAUUAGGGUUGAGAAGACCUAGCAUUAAGACUGGACAGAAGCAUUAAGACUGGACAGAAAGGAGUGAGGAGGGCAUCCCUGGCAGGGCAGGAUUUACUCAGGCCAAAGACUCAUCCCAGGAAGGGUAAGUGAAGAUGUGAGGAGCUGAGUUAAGAAAAAGGUGAUGGUCCUGAGGGUAGGGGUAGAAUUAGGGUAGGUGCUCUGACAGCUGGGUCAGAGAGUCUGAACUGAAUAUAAGCUAUUCGAAUAAUCAUAGAUUAUUGCACAGAAUGAGGGCAUUUCUGAACAUGGUGACCUGGUGUUUGAGGACAAUGUUUCUCUGUGUUGUUAUAAGCUGGAUUUGUGAUAAGCUCUCUCAGGAUUACCAAUCAUGAGUUUGCUUUUCUCUUCUAUAAGUUUGGUUGUUCAUUUUUGUUUUGCCUCCUUCUGUUGGAGUCAUAAAAUGUGAUUACUUAUUUCCAGAUAUUUUGUUCUUGGGUUGCUUCUAUGGUAUCUUCAUACUUCAUCUGUAUCCCACUGUCUCUCAUCUUCAGUAAAAGGGAAACAGAAAUUAUCAAAAGCAUUACCCAUCUCCGAUCCUGCCAUUCAGAUGGUCCUCCUCUGGGAUUCCUGCUCAGGGUCUAUGGAUGGACUUCAGAAGAAUGUAUGAUAUAUAUAUAUUUUUUAUUGAAGUGACCAACCUCACAAGGGUGUGUGAUUCAGCAAAUGUUAGGAACCACUGUUGUGUCUUUGUUGGGAGGAGACGGCUCCCCAGGAGAAAUGUGGGACAAGCAUCCUUAGUGCCCAGUAAGGAGCCUCCAGAGACAGUUGAACGAGCUGAAGGAGAAACAGGGAUUGGGAAAAGGGAAAUGGGUUCAGAGGGAACUGGUGGGAGGGAUGCCCCUCUUCCCUUGUUCUCCACCCUCUUUCUAGCAAGUAUCCCUUCUCUGUAUUCUCCAUGUCCUGAUGACUACAGGAUUCUGGUUCCCCUUCGAUUUAAAUCUGUUAGGUGCCCACUAUUUAUCAGGCUCCGAACCAGGUCCUCUCACAACAUCACCUCAGGCAAUUCCUUUGUUGAACCUGAGGUACACAGAGUGGAGUCAACCCCUCCCUCAGUCAUGGACUGUUAGCACCAUCGCUUCCUGUCAGGCCCCUUUUCAAUGCAUUUUAUUUUCACCUUUCAUCAUGAUCUCUAUUCUUAUUGCCCCUCCUUACUGGAGGCAUUUGCUUUAGGGUAUCUAACAAAUUCUCCUCCAAUCCAUGCUCUGUACAUUUAUUUAGAUACAUUCAUCCACUCAACAAAUUCACAGUUGUAGGUGUGGAGAAUACAGCCAGGAGCAAAACAAUAAAAAAGUCCUGCUUUCGUGGAACUUACAUCUUUUGGUGUGAAACAAAUCAUAAACAAGUAAAACAUAUAGUACCUUAAAAAGUGAUAAGUGCUAUGAAAAAAAAAGGGCAGGGAGACCAGGUAUGUUGUGGGUAUUUAGGAGUAGAUUUCAGUUCCAUGUGGAGAGAAUAAGGGAGUCCUUGCUACAAAUGUGCUAUUUCACCAACUGUAGUAAAGGGAGAAACCAUGUGGAUAUGUGGGAUAGAAGUGGUGCAGUUAUACAGGACAACAAGUACAAAGGCCCUGAGGUAGGGUCUUGCCUGGUAUGUUAGGAGGCCAGAAUGGCUGGGAAGCCAAUGGCUAGAGAAAAAUGAGUGGGCAGAGAGAGAAACAGAAGGCUGAGAGGUAUCUGGGUCAGAGACAAGUACUGUAAGACUUUGUAGGCCUUUGGAAAUGCAGACUUCGGCUUCUUCUCUGUAUAAAAAGGGAAACCAGUGGAAGGUUUUGAGUACAGGAAUGAUGUGACAUUUUUAAUACAUAUGUGUAUAUCAGCUAUUUUUGGCUGUUUAUAAAUGUAUAUAAAUGGAAUUGUGUUGUACAUCCUGCUUCUACUUUUGCUUCCUAACAUUAUUUCUGAGAUCUACACACGUUGUUAUUUGUAAAUCUACUGUAUUUGUGCCUCUUGUGUAUAUUUCAUUGUACACAUAUGGCACAUUUUACUUCUAUAUUCCUCUAGUGACAUAUGCUGACAUAGCUUCUAACUCCCUGCUACCACAAACUGUCUUGUGAUGAACAUGCUAUGGGCCUCCUUAUGGACUCAGGAGAGAGUUUCCUUGGGGUGUUUUCCAUUGUGGGCUAAGAGGGUGUGUGCAAUCUUUUUUUUUUAAUUUUUUAAUGUUUAUUUGUUUUUGAAGGAGAGAGGGAGACAGAGUGUGAGUGGGGGAGGCGCAGACAGAGAGGGAGACACAGAAUCCAAAGCAGGCUCCAGGCUCGGAGCUGUCAGCACAAAGUCUGACACGGGUAUGGAACCCACAAACUUAGAGAUCAUGACCUAAGCCAAAGUCGGAGGCUUAAGCGACUGAGCCACCUAGGACCCCCAGUCUCUUUAAUUUUUCAUUAAUGUUUUAUAAGGAGUCUUUUUGUUUUUAAUUUUUUUUAAUAUUUACCUAUUUUUGACAGAGAGAGAGAGACAGAGCAUGAGCGAGGGAGGGGCAGAGAGAGAAGGAGACACAGAAUCAAAAACAGGCUCCAGGCUCUAAGCUAUCAGCACAGAGCCCAACACAGGGGUUGAACUCACGAACUGUGAGAUCAUUACCUGAGCUAAAGUCAGACUCUUAACCAACUAAGCCACCCAGGCAUCCCAGGUGUGUGCGUUCUUAAUUCCACUAAGACUGUGCUUCAGGAUGGUGGCUGCAGUUACACUACCACCAGCAGUGCAUGGUGGUUUGUAUCUUCUUUUGUUAUUGUUGUUUAUUUUUUAUUUUUUAAAAUUUACAUCCAAAUUAGUUAGCAUAUAGUGAAGCAAUGAUUUCAGGAGUAGAUUCCUUAAUGCCCCUUACCCAUUUAGCCCAUCCCCCCCUCCCACAACCUCUCCAGCAACCCUCAGUUUGUUCUCCAUAUUUAUGAGUCUCUUCUGUUUUGUCCCCCUCCUGUUUUUAUAUUAUUUUUGUUUCCCUUCCCUUAUGUUAAUCUGUUUUGCCUCUUAAAGUCCUCAUAUGAGUGAAGUCAUAUGAUUUUUGUCUUUCUCUUACUGACUAAUUUCACUUAGCAUAAUACCCUCCGGUUCCAUCCAUAUAGUUGCAAAUGGCAAGAUUUCAUUCUUUUUGAUUUGAGAGUAAUACUACAUUGUAUAUAUAUAUACCACAUCUUCUUUAUCCAUUAAUCCAUCGGUGGACAUUUGGGCUCUUUCCAUACUUUGUCUAUUGUUGAUAGUGCUGCUAUAAACAUAGGGGUGCAUGUGUCCCUUCGAAACAGCACACCUGUAUCCCUGGGAUAAAUGCCUAGUAGUGUAAUUGCUGGGUCAUAGGGUAGUUCUAUUUUUCGUUUUUUAAGGAACCUCCAGACUGUUUUCCAGAGUGGCUGCACCAGCUUGCAUUCCCAGGCAUUAUUAAGGGUCAAAUGAAAUACAAAGCAGCAACUUUGAAGCGUGAAUAAUGGACCUCGGCAGCCCCAAGUCUACUUGGCUUCACUGAGUCUCACUGAACCUGAUCCCAGAUUCUCCUCCCUGGGCUUGCUGCAGCUCUCUGAUCCUGGAAUCCUCUUCAGUUCCAGCUAGGAUGCUGCGUCAGGCACUUCGUAGAUUUGGUCAAAAACUGGUACGAAGACCUACACUGAAGGAACCGGUGGCUAAGGAUGACCCACGGAGAAGCCUGAACACUCUGGAUUUAGUGGCUCGGGUUGUGGGCCGCACAGUGGGUAUAGGUGUGUAUAUCCUGGCUGGUGAGGUGGCCAGAAAUCAAGCAGGACCAUCCAUUGUGAUCUGCUUUUUGGUGGCUGGCCUAUCUUCUGUGUUGGCUGGGCUGUGCUAUGCAGAGGUUAGCGCCCGAGUUCCCCAUUCUGACUCUACAUAUCUCUACAGCUUUGUCACUAUAGGUGAACUCUGGGCUUUCAUCACUGGCUGGACCCUCAUACUCUCCCAUGUUGGUGAUAAAGCCAUUGUGGCCCGUGCAUGUAUCUUAGCUUUUGACAACCUGCGUGGGAACAAGAUCUCUCAGACCCUGCGUGAGAGCAUCUCACCACAUGUUCCCCGUGUCCUUACAGAAUAUGUAGAUAUCUUUGUUGUGGGUCUUGUGUUUUUGCUCAUAGAAUUCCGGAAUCUGAGGUAUGUUUGGUCUUUCCCAGUUACCAAAAUGGCCACAUUGGUGAAACUUUUGGUUCUCAGUUUUGUCAUCAUCUCUGGCUUCAUUAAGGGGGACCUGCACAACUGGAAACUCACAGAAGAGGACUAUGCAAUGGCUGGACUCAAUGACACCUCGAGCUUGGGCCCUCUGGGCUCUGGAGGAUUUGUGCCUUUUGGCUUUGAGGGGAUUCUCCGUGGAACAGCUACAUGUUUCUAUGCAUUUAUAGGUUUUAGCAGCAUUUUUGAAAAAGUUGAAGAAGCCCGGAAUCCCCAGCAUUCCAUCCCCAUGGGCAUUGUGAUUUCACUGUUCAUCUGCUUUUUGGUGUAUUUUGGUGUCUCUGCAGCACUUACACUUAUGGUGCCUUACUACAAGCUUCGACAUGGGAGCACCUUGCCUCAGGCAUUACUCCAUAUUGGCUGGGCCCCUGCCUACUAUUUUCUAGCUUUUGCAUUUCUGUGUAUUGUUUCUGCCAGGCUCUUGGGCUUUAUGUUUCCCAUACGUCGAGUAUUACACAGGAUGGGACAGGAUGGUCUCCUGUUCCCUGUCCUUGAAAGAAUCCGUUCCCGCCCAUUCAUCCUUAUCAUGACCACUGUGAUCUUGAGCAUUAUUACAGCAAUCAUGGCAGUCUUCUUUGGGCUCACUGAUCUCCUGGACCUUAGGUCAGUUGGAUCCCUGAUACCUCACUCCCUGGUUGCUACUUCCAUUCUCAUCCUCAGGUAUCAGCCUGAGGCAAAGGAAGGGGAAAAUGAAUCAGAGGAGCUGGAGGAGAAUGGACAUAUAGUAGAGAGGCUGACUCUACAGGGACUACUUUUUCCAGGCAGCCCCACCCCCACUCCACUCUCUGGCCGGGUUGUCCGUGUUUGCUCCGUACUGCUUGCUCUGCUGCUAAUUCUUCUUUGCCUGGUGCUGGCCCAGUGGCCAGUUCUGCUUUCUGGAGACCCAGUGUGGAUUUCAGUGGUUGUGGGGCUCCUGGUGCUCAUCACUGGGCUCACUGGGGUCAUCUGGAGACAGCCUCAGAGCUCUAGUCCCCUUUACUUUAAGGUCCCUGCUCUGCCUCUCCUCCCACUACUGAGCAUCUUCAUGAAUGUUUGCCUUAUGGUGCAGAUGACAGCUGCCACCUGGGCCCUAUUUGCUGUCUGGAUGUUGAUUGGGUUUGCUAUCUACUUUGCCUAUGGGAUCCAGUACAGUCUGGUCUCUAACUCCGCUUAAGUUAGGGCCAAAAGUGUAGACCUUGAACUAAGCAGUACCAGUACAUAUUUGGUUUGACAUCAUCACACCUGAAUGCAGUCUUGUCUCUCUGCACAAUAUUGGAGAGUCUCUUGACUGCAUGGAAAGCUAGGCCUCCAAAGGGAUGUUGGUGGGUGAACACUAAUAGAGCUCAGUGCGUAUUGUGAAGGAUGUGUCUUUGCUCUUUCUCCUUUUUUUUUUCUUUUAACCUGUCUACUUUUGAAUUGUGUCUGUAGCUGCUUACUGGCUUUCAAAUAUUAUUAAAAGAAAUUACAAAAAGUGUUUUUGUUUUCCUUGGUUGAACAUCCAGUAGGGUGCCUGACUGGCUCGGUCAGUACAACAUGCAACUUUUUAUCUCAGGGUGGUGAGUUUGAGCUCCACAUUGUGUAUAGAUGUUAUUUUAAAAAAAACGCACAGCAGAAUUACUGGAUCAAUAGGUGGUUUUAUUUUUAAUUUUUUGAGGACCUGCAUACUGUUUUCCACAGUGGCUGCACCAAUUGACAUUCCCACCAACAAUACAUGAGGGUUUCUUUUUCUCCAUAUCCUAGACAAUACUUGCCUAUCUUAUCUUUCUUUUUUUUAAUUUUUUAAUGUUUAUUUAUUUUUGAUAGAGAGAGAGACAGAGCAUGAGUAGGGGGAGGGGCAGAGAGAGAGAGGCAGACACAGAAUCUGAAGCAGGCUCUAGGCUCUGAGCUGUAGGCACAGAGCCCAACGCAGGACUCGAACUCACAGACCACGAGAUCAUGACCUGAGCCGAAGGUGAACGCUCAACCAACUGAGCCACCCAGGCACCCCUAUCUUAUCUUUCUGAUUUUAGCCAUUCUGAUAGGUUUAAAGUGAUAUCUCAUUGUAGUGUUAAUUUAUAUUUCCCUGAUGGUUAGUGCUCGUGAACAUCUUUUCCAAGUGUUUAUUGACCAUCUGUAUGUGAAAAUAGUAUGGCGGCUCCUCAAAAAAUUAAAAAUAAAAAUUACCCUAUAACCCAGCAAUUGCACUACUAGGUAUUUAUACAAAGGAUACAAAAAUUGCUGAUACCAAGGGGCACAUGCAUCCAAUGUUUACAGCAGCACUAUUGACAAUAGCCAAAAUAUGGAAAGAGCCCGAAUGUCCAUAGACUUAUGAAUGGAUAAAGAUGAUGUGGUUUAUAUAUACAAUAGAAUAAUACUCUGCAAUAAAAAUGAAUGGAUUCUUGCCAUUUGCAACAAUGUGGAUGGAACUAGAGUGUAUUAUACUAAGUGAAAUAAGUCAGUCAGAGAAAGAUAAAUAUCAUAUGAUUUCAUUCAGGUGUGGAAUUUAAGAAACACAGCAGAUGAACAUAGGGGAAGGGAAGGAAAAAUUAGAUAAAACUAUAGAGGUAACCAAACCAUAAAAGACUCUUAAAUAGUGAGAACAGACUGAGGGUUGCUGAGGGGAGGUUGGUGGGGGAACACACAUGCAACUUGUACUCAGACAUUCUCUCAUUUACCUUCAUUGUGUCCCAACCUAUAGUCAGGAGCUUGGAAAAGGGGUAAGGUUGGGUAAAUAUAUUCAUAAAGCACCACAUUCAAAGUCGUGUGUGUGUGUGUGUGUGUGUGUGUGUGUGUGUGUGUGUACACAAAUCUUGAAGGAGUUUAACCAUCUAUAAGAAAUUGGCUACCUUCCUUCCUUGACAAUAGUUGGUGUGUUUGUACCAAACCCUGAUAUUUAUUUUCAUCACAUCUCAAGGGAACCUCAGUGAGUUUUCUUUCUGAGAAGUCUAUGGCUAAGAUGAUGAGUUGCUUGGAGUCCCUAUGAAUCUGCUACAAUCAGAAGAGUUUUGCAGAGAAAGAGAAACAGAAACCCCAAGGAAACACCCUGCUGUUGUUUACUUUCUAGCCUAAUACACAGACUCCCUUGUAUGCACACCACUCAUGUAACCACCUCCCCUCUCCUAGAACCCCUUACGGAAGGUACUAAGAGAAGACAUUUUAUUUAUUUCUUUGCUUGCAAGUAGGACUCUCUAUCUGAGCCAUCCCAGAAAGAGGAGAAUUGAAAAUUAUACCAGUGAAGGAAUCUAGAGUUGAGAUUGUGAGAUCAGGCCCUUUGUGAAACUAACUUCAUAGAAAGCAAUGGACUUUGAUAGAAGCAAGGAUGGUAAGAAGAGUUGGUUGUCUCUGUCUACUUCUUUAGAAAACCUGAAACAAAGCUCCUAGAAGCAGGAGGCAGGACGACCUGCACGUGAUUUGGAGGUAAACACAGUACAGGAACCUUCUUCCCCACUUUCCAAUGCCAGUACUUGGAAGACUAUUGUAUGAGGAUUUUAUGACAAACAUUACUUUACAUUUGACAUUUCACAGCAUCUCUUCUCCAGAGAAGGAGGAAAUAUAGAUAUUGACAAUUUGCAUCAGUAGAUUGAGGAAACCCAGGUAUGCAAAUUAUCUGACUUAAUUUGUGUAGUUUAUGCUUUUCUGUGCUUUGUGUUCUUCUCAGUAAUGAGAGGAAGAAAUUCUUUCAUUGUUAACAAAGAACAUAGUGGAGGGGAGAGAGGAUAUGAGAGAUAUAUAGAUGGAAGUAUUAUGGGUAUCCUGUCCCAUAUGAACCCUACACCCCUUCCAUAAAAUCACGUGGAGAAGAAGUGGGGAUAAAUGGAACCUGAGCUAGAACCCAUGUCCUGGCUCCUGUCUUCUGUAUUAAAGGCCUCCAGCUUCUUGAAUUUCACUGGUCCUUGUAUUUCACUUUCUCAUUAUGAACAGUAGUUCAAUAUCAAGUGAUGCCCAAAGUCAAGAAAUCCUUCCUAGUAGCUAUGUCUUUUCUUUGUAUAUCCAUCCUCCUUAUCUCUGACUACUGAAAUGAUACACAAUCAUCAUCGUCCAGUUUAAAUGUUACCUCCUGCCCAAGCCUUCCUAGAUAAUCCUAAUCAGAAGCAAUUCAUUUCCUUUAACCUCCUCUACUCCUUUGUGUUAGUCUUACCAUAGCUGUGUUUUUGUACGCUGUCUUCAUUUGUGGUUACCCUGUGUCCUCCCUUUAUCCCUCACUCAACUGUAUGCUUCUAGAGUGAAACUGUUUGUAUUCUCUCCACAGUGUUUAACACAGAGCUAAAGAAUGGUUAAAUAACUGUUGUGUAUGGUUCACACUUAUGGGAAAGAGGCCAUGGGUAGAGAUGUAGAAUAAAGGCUUUAUGAAUGUUGAUCAAAUAUAUUGUUAAUAGAGAUAUGGACAUCAUGCUUUCAGGUAGAGAUCAUAUUAGUAGGAAAUGUUUAUCCUACAAAUAGAUUUAUUCUCAUAAUAUACAUUUAUUCAUUAUUAAUUUUUUCCCCUUAUUCAAAUAUAGGGGUUUUUUUCCUCCUGGGAAAUGGGCAAUAAACAAGAAAACAAACGUUAAAAUAAUUCUGGACUGUGAUGAACACCUGAAGGAAAUAAACAGGGUCUUAUGAUAAAGAAUCAGAGGGAGUUUUCUUUAGAUAGGAAGGUUAGGAAAGGCCUUUAUGGUCACUGUUAUAUAUUUACCUGACUAUGAUUAUGGCUUAAUUCAAUUUCUAACCUGAGGAGCAAUAACAAAAAAAAUCAAUAACAGAAUGAGAAUAACAGCCUUACCACCAGGAGGCAUAUUUGUGAACCCAAACUUAGAAUUGGUUCUUUCUUUGAUCCAACUUCCAACCUCCCCCCUGCCUUGGGAAGAGGGCAAGUCAGGCUCUCCCCUUGCCUCAGGAUAUACCCUGGUACCUCUUCUCCUGCCAAGGAGUUGGCAAGCAAAACAGGUGUUGAGAGCUUUGAUCUUGCUAGACACUUGGAGACAAAUCAAGGUAGAAGCCUCCGAAAUAAUGCUUCAGGAUGUGAGAAGCUGGGGAAGAGAUGGAGACAGAAGUAUGCAAAAGGAGAAGCUAAUUGCUGUCACAGAGACUCCCUUUUACCUUGGUCUCAGUGGAUUUUGGGCUCUGUACUUCUUGGGGGAAUUGGUCACGGCUCUCAGACAUUUGGGAAAGGGGAAGAUAUCCCCUAGUGACUUUAGAGACAACAUCCACCCUUAGUCAUUCCUGGAUCCCUGCUCCAAGGCUGAAGACAACCACAGCUUUGAGGAGCAAGCCUUCUGCCAGUAUGCCAGAAGGCCCAGGACGUUCUUUCAUUGCCGGGGUCUUCCUUUGUCUACUUCCCUGCUCCCCUUCUCCUGGCACAAGUUGGUAGCAUUAGUUUCUGUCUCUUGCAGAACAGUGGUGACAUUAGGAAUGGCUUGGGAGUGAGUAAGAAGAAUCCUGGAGCUUUUACACCCACUAACCCUUUCUUGACUAUGCUUCCUGUUGGGAUAACAUGUUUUGGUUGCUAGCUCAAGAGCAAUAGCUCCCUCUCUCACAAAGGCCUUAACCUCCUUGGUCAUACUGAGGGAUACCUCAGACUGUUGAGAAGGUGUUAUAGAAAUUACCAUAAGUUCCUCUAAUUGAAGUUGUAGUCCUCACUUCUCUUUAGCCUUCCCCCACCCCACUGGGACCAGCUUCUCUACAAGUGGUAUCCUACACACUAUAAAGGCUAUACUUCUUCAAGAAGAACCCUACCUCUCUGCUCCAUAGUGCCGAAAGAACUCACAUUGCUUUGUUUUGAGAGAUACUUAUUGGAGGAGGAAAAGCUAUACUCCUUUUAGCUGCUCAGGGUGCACACAAGUCACAUUUCUCAUCUUCAGACAUGGACAGGCAGUUUGGAGUAGUGGUACCUAGAGAUCUUGAAUUCAAGCAAGCAAGUUCUUGUCCAAGUGGGUCCACUUGCUGUACCUGACAAGGGAUGUCAUGCUAUGGGUGCAGGGAAGUGAAGUGGCAAAGAAUGAACACUGCUUGGAGGAGGAAAAGGAAGAGUGAGGCCAGAACACAUAUGGAGGCAGUGGAAUGGGGAAACUGACUCUUGAACCCAGGUCCUUUCUGGAGUCUCACUCUCAGGGGCAGCAGCAUUACUGGCUCCCUUCUGAGGCAGACAGGAUAGGGUAUGUGACUCAAGGCAAGCCAGGGCAGAUUCUGGUGGGAGAGCUGACAUGAAUGCAGGUGAAUAUGGACAGAUUUUCCCAGGAGCUUUGUUUUAAAGAUAGAGAGGAGAGGAUGGGAGACAGAGGAAGGAAGAGGGUCCAAGUAUCAUCUCUGGGUUCACUGGAUUAGGAGAUGAGAGAGAAGGGAAGACUUUAGUCAGAAUCAUGUCUCCAUUAACUGCUUUGCUUUCCUACUUGAUCCCUUUUCUUUUUAAAAAAUUUUUUAAAUGUUUUAUUUAUUUUUGAGACAGGGAGAGACAGAGCAUGAACGGGGAGGGUCAGAGAGAGGGAGACACAGAAUCUGAAACAGGCUCCAGGCUCUGAGCUGUCAGCACAGAGCCCGACACAGGGCUCAAACUCACAGACCGGGAGAUCAUGACCUGAGCCGAAGUCGGCCGCUUAACCCACUGAGCCACCCAGGCGCCCCUACUUGAUCCCUUUUCAACCACAACCUAAGUGAUUGAAAAUAGGGAGGAUAUCGUUAAUAACUUCCCUGAUCUUCCAUUCCACAUCAUGUGAGUUUAUCCUGUCAUGACUUAUGAAGCAGAUACUCCUGUGGCCCAUCUCUUUCAGGGGAAUGCCUUAAGUCCCAAGUCCCUUUCAGAAAAUGUUCUGCAACAGCAAAGCAGCAUGUGUAUUGGGUAUUUCUCCCUCACACCUGAAUCUAUGUUGUUUUCCUACAGAAAUGCUGUCUGCCUCCCUCCCCAUCCCUCUUCCUUCUCCUCUUUUCUCCCCUCACCCAGCCUGUUUCUUUCUAUAUGCACCUGCUGGAGUUGGGGAUAAUGUUCUAAAUAUUUCACUUCCUCUACUCUUGCCUCUUCAGUCUUUUUAUUCUUCCCCUCCAAUCUCUCCCACACUCCUCCUCCUGCCUGGUCAGUUCUUACCUGCCUUCUUUGUGGGUCAUUUCACUUCUUUGUUUCCUCUGUUUCCUUCUUCAUCUAUGAUUACAACUUUGAAGAGAUGGGAAGAUGAGUUUUAAGAGCACCAUCUGUGAGGGAGUUGGCUUUGGACACAGCAAGAGGCAUGGUGGUCAGACAUCAGGAAGAACCUGAUAUGUACUGACAGUGUGGCCUAACUUCCUCCUGACCCAUAUUUCUUAAUAGAUGGGGCUGAUGUGCACGUGACAGAGACUUAUAUAAAAUUGUUAAAUUAAGGAUCAAGAAUCCCUCUUUGCCUGAUAUUUAGCCAUAUCUUAGUUAUAAGUAAUCACAGGAAAUGGAAGAAGACAUGUUUGGGGAUAUGGAUGUCCCCAAGGCACCCUCUUUCCUGCCAUAAGGAAGGUGGGGCCAUCCACUACUUCCACAGUUCACAGUUAACACCAUGGGUUGGAGGGAACUCUGACAAUGAGUAUCCCACCCACACAGACCUUCUUUCAGACCUGUUCAGUGUUCAAGUAAGCAUAUGUUCCUGGGGUUCUGUUAUUAUCCCCACAGAAUAACAAUCAUGAAGGUGUCUAUACAUGAGCUAUGUGGCAAAUUCUCUGAAGUUCAUCUCAAGUUAUCUAGAUUAGGCAAACAACAAACAUUCAAAGACAGCUAAUCAGAACUAGAAUUUAAAAUCCACAAAAGUGACUUGUUGAAACAUAAUUUUUCUCUCUAAAAUCACCCUCAUUUCCAAAGAGAGCCAAAUAGAGAUUAUUUCAGUUGAAAAACAAAUCCAAUUUUAACAAAGUUGGCCUAAUUAUUUACAUAAAAUCAGAAAGAGUAGUGAUUAACCUGAUAGAUUCUUUCAAACUUGCUUUACUGGAACUUUCAUAAGGAAUCUCUAAGAUUGAACUUUUCAUAGCCUCUUAAAGCCAGAAGCCAAGCCAAAUAUCUGCCAUCAGAUCUUCCUAUGGUACCUGUAGAUUUGGGUGCAUUCUUCUUCUCGAGGUCCCUUAAAUAUCCUGAGGUUUCUUGAACCUGCCAAGAAGUGACAUUCUUUACUCACCUGGUAAGGCUCCUAGGAACUCUGUAAGCAAGGGAUCUGGCCAACAUUUCCAAAGGGCUUUAUUGGCUCCGUAAAGUCAACCUUAGUUCUUUAAAGCUGUCUGGUCAUAUCUGAGUCUAUUCAUGUCUCUCUCAAAUAUGAUAUCCCAGUCAGAGCCUUGGCAAGGUAACCAAAAUUUCCAAUGGAGUCCUGUUACAAGGAGAACAGAUUCUCACUGAAUUUAUGCAAACAACUGCAAUUCCCAUGAAAGAAGAAUACUUACCAAGAGUUUCUGAACUCUGGAACAUUUCAGGUAGAGGAAAAUGUUAAAUUUUCCAAUUUGCACACAAAGGAAUAUUUUAUCAUGUUUCUGUAAGUCACAAAUGUCCUAAAAGAAAGUUUUCUUAAAUAUGGAGAAGCUAAUAUUAGAGAGCCUGCCAUGUUAAACAAGAGUCCUGAAAAUUAUACUCAUCUUCCUCCAUUCAUUCAGUUCUAUGUUACUAAUUCUUGUUCUGUUUGAUUGCAGUUUUUCCAUUUGUUCCAGAAAUUCUCAUCCAGUUUAGCUUUAUGAUUUUAAAGAUAUCAAAACCUGUAUUUGUCAAAAGUCAAUUCCAUGAAUCUCCUUGAAGAGGAAACACAUUUUUCAAGAGCAUCAGAAAAUAACUAUAAAUGACAAAAGACUCAAAAGUUAACAUGAUUCAAGAUCUAUAAUUGCAGUUGACAAGGAAAUCUAAUUACUUCCAGGACACACAACAUUCCAACAAUAGAAUGUCAAGUGAUGACCCUAUGUGAGGAUAUAUUAAAACAUCAGGAAUUCCAUAUGUUUGUUAGAACAGUUACAGCAUAUGCCAUACAAUACAACCCAAGAAGGUUCAGCACCUUCUUUUUUUAUAUAUAACACUUCCCAUGUAUUUUAACAUAACAAAUAAACAAGCCUAAUUAGUCAAAAAGAUUUUACUUAGAAUUUGAAACUUGGGAAGUUUGUAAAAAAAACUUAGAAAGUUCUAAAGCACACACAUGAAUAGGAUUACAGAUCAUCACAAAACUUAAUAAUCAAUUAUUCAUUUAACCAAGCUUGCAAUAAGAAAUUCUACAGAAAGUUAUACAGUUGUUAGCAAAACUUAGCUCCUUUAAUAUUAAGGAGUUGUAUAUCUGUUCAGUAAUCAAAGACCUGAUGAGACAAAUCAUAAAACUUUGGUUUUCUGGGCAGAUAGAGAAAAGAAGAAAAACAAAACAAAACAAAGCAACUUUUAUUUAUAAUUUCUUAUCAAAAGCAGACCAACAACCCAAGAAAACUUAGUCUUUUAACAGAGAGAAAAGCAGAAUUUCGAUCUUAUACCAGUGUCCUUUCAAAAUCCAUUCCUUUCAAUAUGAGUUAGUCCUAACCAUACAUAAAAUUAUUUUCCAAAGCUUUCCCUUCACAAGCCUACAACUUUCUUUUUCAUUCGGAUUUUGUCCAAAAGCUUUAUCUAAAUAACCAGUCUCAUUUUAGGACAAAAUUACUUUUUUCACAUUAACAAAAAAUGUAUUCUCAUUUCUUCUUUUUAAGUUUAUUUUUAUUUAUUUUGAGAGACAGAGAGGCAGAGACAGAGAGAACAGGGGAAGGGCAGAGAGAGAGACAGGGAGCAAGAGAACCCCAAGCAGGCCCUUUGCUGUUAGUGCAAAGCCUGACUUGGGGCUCAAUUCCACAAACUGUGAGAGCAUAACCUGAGCCAAAAUCAAAGUCAGACACUUGACCGGCUGAGCCACCUAGGCACCCCCCCAAAAAAAUGUUUUCUCACUUCUUAUGCCUUCCUUAUACAUCUCCUACUUUCCUACAUAUUGAGUUGUUCUCCUUCUCAUUUCCAUCAGUCUUAAUGACAUUUAGUACAAUUUUAACUCUUAGAAACCUUAGUCUCCAAGGAAAAUUAAGCAGUAAACAAAGGUGAACUGUCUAUAAUACCAGAAUACUUCAGAUUGGAAGUUUACGAGUAUAUUUUAUAAUUUCUAUAAACAUAUGCUUUUCCAGAGUGCAAUCUUUAAAAAGCAUAAAGGAUGUUUACCAACAGAGUCAAGUAUCUUCAGUUUCUUUGAAAUAAAAAGGUCAAGGCAGAUAAACCUCUGUUCAGUAACCAAUGUUUUAGUGCCUGUUUUAUUUGGAGAAUACUUAGCCAGUGAACUCAACUCAAUUUUUCAUUUACCUUAGCACAAAUUUAAAAUUUCAGAUUACCAAUAUUUUGAAAGCCAUAAACUUUUUUAUUUAUUCAACCUACUUCUUCUUAACAAUUAUGAAAAAACUUUAUGAAACUUUAUGACACAGACACAAUUAACCAUUACUUUAAGCCACCUUUUUGCUGACAGAAAUAACAGGAGCUCCUUUGACUUUUACUAAAACUUGAUAGAAUAAAGGUUUUAUAUUUAAUGUUGAGAAUGCUAAUGACAUGCUUAUUAGCUUUAAUAAUGGAAUAUUUUGCACCUGUGUACAUGAAAAGUUAAUCAAUUUGUUUCCUACUGGCAAUUUUUACCUGGGGAAACUAUGGGUAAUCUGAAGUGUGCAGUUUAAGUCCAAGGUAGCCCAUGGGCCCCUUCAUGUUGAUUUGGGAGGGACUUAGCUUGAAUCUUGAAAGGAGGGGGUCCAACAGAUUGGGGUGCUUUGCUCCUUGAUAGGGAGGUAGGAGGAGAGGGAAUCCAUGCUGCCCCAGGCACUGAGGAUGGCAGAGGAGCUUUGUAAGUAAGCUGCACACAUGCUAGUGCAGAAACAGGAGGAAAAGGAUGAGAUAGAGGUGAAAGGUGCCUCUAGAAAGGCCAGAGGCAAAUGCAAAGUUUGGACUAACAUUCCUUUUUUUUCUUUUGGUCUCCUGUCUAUCCCUCCUCCACAACAGGGUUUUUCUCUGAUUGCUUUUCAGUCCUCUACACCAUAUAUUUUAAAUAUGUCCUAAUGAAAUUUCUUUGGGAAUAGAAGGAGUAUCCCAUCUUACUGGGGAAAAGUUCAGAAACAACACAGUGGAAACAAUGAUGCCUUGAGUACUUCUGUUGGCCCAAAAUAGGGCUCUUGACCUACUAAACCAAUGUUUCUCUAGUUUCUGUUCCCUCCCACAAAGUCAGAGUUCUGCUGAUUUAAACAAACCAAACCCUCUACUUGGAGGCAACCCAAUGUAAAAGAGAGAUCCAAGAGAGCCAUUUAAUGGCAUCUUACCUCUGAGCUUAACAUACGUGACAAGGUGGUAUUAGAAUAAAGCUUAUCUCUUUCUUAGUUACAGGUUCCUGUCUAUAUUCCUUCCACUUAUUCAAAAUUCAGUCUAGUGGGUUAAUUGGUGGGCUAGAGAUGGAACUUCCCAGUAUACACACAUUUAACACAACACAACAACCCCCCCCCCCGCAAGCACAUCAAAACAGAUUUUUUCCAAAUUCCAACUAAAUUGACCAUUAUUCAAGUCUCUUUUAAUUUCUCCUGAAAGCCAUGCCCCUCUAAUGGGAAAGACAUGGACAGCAAAACAAAAGCACACAGUGCUUCAUGAAUGAGAAACUUGUAUCAGUGUGCACUCUGAGGGACUUACCUGGUCUUGAAUUUCCGUAGCUUCCCCAAAUGCUCCUUCCUUUGCACUCCAACCAAAAUGCAACAUUGACAGCUAGCAUGGUCUGGAAUUAGCAGACAAUUUCCCCUGAGAUAAAAAGUACUCUGGGCAGCUACACAGACAGAUCCCUCAGAUUCCCUCCUGGAGAGCAACUAGCCUGGAACAGCUAAUAUCCUUCAGUCCUCCAAGUUAAUAGCCCAGGAGACAAAGGAGGAAGCCCUGGCCUGGUGCAGGCCAAAUGCUCCAAUAAAAAAAAAAGAUUUAAUUUUUACUUAUUUUUGAGAGAGAGACAGCGUGUGAGCAGGGGAGGAGCAGAGAGAGAGGGAGACACAGAAUCUGAAGCAGGCUCCAGGCUCUGAGCCAUUAGCCCAGAGCCCGAAGCGGGGCUUGAACUCACGGACUGCAAGAUCAUGACCUGAGCCGAAGUCAGACACUCAACCGACUGAGCCACCCAGGCGCCCCCCCCCCCCAACUGCUCCAAUUUAGAUUUCCAGGGAAUUUGACACCCUAGGGGCAGUGGCUCCAGGCAGACUCCUGAAAAUUUGUUAACUACAUGUACAUUCAGCUGUGCAUCACUGCAAAAGUCAAUACUCAAGAGAAGAAGCUUUUGGUUUUUUUAAUGUUUAUUUAUUUUUGAGAGGAGGGAGGGGCAGAGAGAGGGGAACAGAGGAUCUGAAGCAGGUUCUACACUGACUGCAGAGAGCCCAACGGGGGGCUUGAACCCACGAACCCUGAGAUCAUGACCUGAGGUGAAGUGUGACACUCAACCGACAGAGCCACUCAGGUGCCCAAGACAAGAGUUUUGAUUGGAAAGAAUAUGAGCUUUAUUCAGGAGCCAGCCACCUGGGGAGAAGGCAGACUCUUGUCCAAAGAAUCUCUGAGUUUUUUGCCUGGCCUAAGGGUAUUUAAAGGAGCUUAGGGCAGUGAAUCAGUUAAAGGAGGAUAGUGGUCCCUAACAUUUCUUGAUUACAUGCAGACUCCAUGGUACCAGCUACCGAUGUUGUCUCAUUACUCUGAGGUUGUGCAAGGGGAUCUGGUUCCUUAGUGAGGGGUGGGUGGAGGGUUGAACAAAAGUGUCUGGUUUGUCUGGUUACUUUUUCAUUAUGUGCAGAAGGUGUUUGUUGUUUUCCAGGAAAGAAUGCACGAUCCAUAGUUAUACAAGGAAAUGUUAAUCAAUCAUGUGGGCUAAGGGUCCUGGCUAAAGCUUAAAGACUAGUAAGUUGAUUGCACAGACCCAGACAACUCAAAGAAGUCACCUAUGAUUCUGCUGGAAUAGGGGCAUUCAGGCUGGUGUGUAAGGUGAGGGGUCAGAGAUGUGGGAGCCCUGGCUGAAGAGAGAAUAUGUGGUUGGUGGGGUGGCAGUACAGGGUACAAUGGUUGGGCUCUUGGGGAUUGGUGUCCUGGUGUCAUGAGCUGGGCUGGGUGGAGGUGGAUGGAGGGGAAGACAUCCCUUACAGCUAAGGGAGGACUCUAGGCUCAAGGACUGCAUUUUAGCACAUUCUUUCCAGGAGGCCCAGAGAAGAAAGGAAGAGAAUGGGGAACAGACACUUCAGACCAUUCCAGCCUCAUUCAUUCUCCCCUACCCUCCCUCACCUUGCUAAGCCCAGCUUCUCAAUGGGCCAUUUCACACUUAUUACACACCUGCUGUGUGCACAGGGCUCCAACGUGGUUUUUUGUGUGUGUGUCAUUCUUUCUCUUGCAGUCCACUCAGAUCUUCACACUCCUCAGCCCCUGGGUUGAUUUCAGGGGCCAGAAGCCUCUUCUGAAGGCUGGGAUCUGGAACCUAGAUAUUUGGGACAUGCCAUGGGGACCCUGAAGAAGUGGGGGAAGGGAAGGUUGGGAGAGAGUCCCACAACUUCCUAGGGAUAGGAUGAUGAUUUAUAUUAACAAGAAAGAUUAAAGUGAGAGGAGAGGAAGAAUCUCCCAAGAGCAGACAGUGUGACUGGUUUUCUAGAGCAGGAAUCCUAGGCCUGACAUAGGGAGGAAGCAGGAUGAAUAAGGCCCCGUAGAGAAAGAUCCUCUCCCCAGGAGUGUUGGGGUUCAGCGUAGUGUGGUGGGGAAAGGGGAGACCACGUGGAACAAACAGGUAGGAAAAAAGGUGACCUCUGGGGGAAUCUUUGGUAUAUAUGUGGAGGCGUCAGUCCUGUCCUGCACACACACUGUAAUUGAGAAAUUACACAGAGUCUGCUAGGCUCUCAGACAUCAGUAAUCCCAGAGGAGAAAAGAUGCAAAGGCUGUACACAUUGCUUUCUCUGACUCAAACCUGUGCUAGGAGCUGAGAGGGAGUUUCCCUCCAGCCUGAGUAGAGGUGCGAGUGGUGGGAGGACCCGAUGGGAACAAUCACCAUUUGUCUCUGUCCUCUCCUGAGAUGGAGUGGCUUUGGGGUGACUAGGUAAUCAGGCUCUCGCGUGGUACUGGGGCUGCUAAGAGUCCUUUCCAACCUGGGGUGGGGCUCAGCUAUGGACUGAGGGCAGGGGUUCCCCCAGGUGGGACAGAACUGCCUGGGAGGUUUUCCUUGGACAUCCUAUACCUCUAAGCAUCCCCACCCAUCACUUUGCUGAUGGAGACAGGUCUCUUCAGCUCCCCUUCAAACCGACUGGAUUUGCCCAGAGGAAGAGAGAAGAGACAGUAGGAAGAGGAUAGGAGGACACAGAAGGGGGCAAAUUUCCAUCCUUUCAUUGGGUUCUAAGCCCUGUUCUACUCCCUAGAUUUGGAAGGGUGUGAAUCAUGCAAAGGCAGGUGUAGAAAUGACUUGAAAUGGGGCAAAAUGGUGGGAUGCAGCAGGGUGGAGAGAUGGAGGUAAUAGGAAGGUGGAGCCCCCUGGGAGGUGGGGUUGUCUUGGGAGGUGAGCCAGGA